UUUUUUGGGGAGAAAUGGGGCGCGAAUAAUUGGGCGGAAUUCUUUCUUUUUUUGUCCUUUUUAACUGUUGAAGGUUCUUUAUUUUUUUAGUCGAGACAGACUUGGGACCAAAUGUCCUUCCUUGAGGGGGGCUACUUGGGCUUUUAGAACUACCAAAAGUUGGAAUUAGUGAUCGAGCUAUCGAAAUAUUCCCUUCGAGUUCUGAUUCGAUUUUUCUAUUUUUUCCGAACUCUAGUUGAAGUUCUGGAUUUUUUCGAACAACGGGAUAAACUAGAAAAAGGAAGAACCCUUCUCAAUUUUUUGAAAGAAUUCCUUUUUGGAAUCGAUGGCAAAAUAAGAUUUUUUUAAUUUUCUUUUAGAUUUGUAAUAAAUUUAAUUUAAUUUAUUCAAAACAAUUAAAAUGCCGAGAAUUCGUAUUACACCAUUAGGUGCUGGCCAAGAUGUUGGAAGAAGUUGUAUCUUAGUUACUAUUGGAGGGAAAAAUAUAAUGUUGGAUUGUGGAAUGCAUAUGGGAUUUACUGAUGAAAGACGCUUUCCUGAUUUUUCUUAUAUUUCCCCGGGCGAUUUAACUUCAUAUCUCGACUGUGUUAUCAUCUCACAUUUUCAUCUUGAUCAUUGUGGUGCUUUGCCUUAUAUGACUGAAAUGGUUGGAUAUUCUGGCCCUUUAUAUAUGACAUAUCCUUCUAAAGCUAUUGUGCCUGUACUUUUGGAAGACUUUAGAAAAGUGGUUACUGAACAUAGAGGUGAAACUUCAAAUUUUUUUACUUCACAAAUGAUUAAGGAUUGUAUGAAAAAGGUUACAGCUGUAAAUUUGCACGAAAUUGUUCAUGUAGAUGACCAACUUAGCAUUCAGGCAUUUUAUGCUGGCCAUGUACUUGGUGCUGCUAUGUUUUUAGUUAAAGUUGGAAGUGAAUCGGUUCUUUAUACUGGGGAUUUCAAUAUGACACCCGAUAGGCAUUUGGAAGCAGCCAAAGUCCCUCCAGGUCUUUGUCCAGAUAUUUUAAUAACAGAAACAACUUAUGCAACAACUGUUAGAGAAUCUAAAAGAGUUAGAGAAAGAGAUUUUUUAAAUAAAGUACACGAGACUGUUCAAGGUGGAGGAAAGGUUUGGCUUUUGAUUUUUUAA